GACCCCAUAAACGUUCCAUCUGACCAGAGACGACACUUCACAAUUGCUGUCGUCGAAAAUGCUUCGAUCCGCGUCGUCUUUCUCGCGCUUACUUUGUAGAGGUGAAAAGACAGCUCCUUUGGCAGCAGCAUGCAAGAGGUUUUAUGGAGAUGGUUCAAACACAAAGCUUUUUAUCAAUGGUGAGUUUGUGGAAUCAAAGACUGACAGAUGGAUUGACAUUCACAAUCCAGCUACAAAUGAUGUGAUCUCCCGAGCUCCAGAGACAACAAUAGAUGAAAUGGAGUCUGCUGUGGCUGCGGCAAAGGCAGCUUUCCCAGCCUGGGCAGAGCAGUCUAUCCUGUCACGCCAACAGGUCAUGUUCAACCUUCAGCAUCUGGUGAAAAAGCACAUGGGAGAGAUUGCUGACAUCAUCACCAUGGACACUGGGAAAACUACGGCAGAUGCUUUAGGCAGUGUGCAAAGAGGAUUACAGGUUGUUGAACAUGCAUGCUCAGUUACCACUUUGCAGAUGGGAGAAACUGUGUCUCAGAUCACCAAAGAUAUGGAUACAUAUUCUUAUCGUGUUCCGCUGGGAGUCUGUGCAGGAAUCACACCGUUUAACUUUCCAGCUAUGGUGCCAUUAUGGAUGUUCCCUAUGGCACUGGUUUGUGGCAACACUAUGAUUCUCAAACCAUCAGAGAGGAACCCUGGCUCAACUAUGUUCAUAAUGAAGUUGGCACAAGAGGCUGGUGUUCCUGAGGGCUGUGUUAAUGUCAUACAUGGAACUGUUGAUCCUGUGAGGUUCAUCUGUGAGCACCCAGACAUUCGAGCAAUUUCCUUUGUUGGAUCUGACACAGCUGGUAAAUACAUCUAUGAGACUGGUUCCAAGCAUGGAAAGCGAGUACAAUCAAAUAUGGGAGCAAAGAACCAUGGUGUGAUCAUGCCUGAUGCAAAUAAAGAGAACACAAUCAACCAGCUGGUUGGAGCAGCAUUUGGCGCCGCAGGUCAGAGGUGCAUGGCUUUAACAACUGCGAUUUUUGUUGGAGAAAGUAAAGAAUGGAUCCCUGAUCUUGUAGCUAAAGCCAAGCAACUUCAGGUGAACGAAGGUCAUCAGCCAGGUACAGAUCUCGGACCUGUCAUUUCACCAGCAUCGAAAGAACGAAUCUGUAAUCUGGUGCAAUCUGGUAUUGAGGAAGGAGCAAAGGUUGAACUUGAUGGCCGUGACGUUGUAGUGAAAGGUUUCGAAAAAGGAAAUUUUAUUGCUCCAACCAUCGUGUCCAAUGUCACACCGGAAAUGACGUGUUACAAGGAGGAGAUCUUUGGACCUGUUCUUAUCACUAUGAAUGCGGACACUCUGGAUGAUGCUAUUGACAUUGUGAACAGUAACCCGUACGGUAAUGGAACUGCUAUCUUCACAAACUCUGGAUCAAUAGCACGAAAAUACCAGCACAAAGUGGAUGUUGGACAAAUCGGUGUCAACGUUCCCAUCCCAGUCCCCCUUCCCAUGUUCUCUUUCACUGGAUCACGUGGUUCUUUCUUAGGAGAUGCGCACUUCUACGGAAAACAGGGCAUCAACUUCUACCUGGAAGUAAAGACCAUCACAAGUCUCUGGAGAGACGAAGAUGCAGAAGCCCUCAAAGCACCAACAGCGUUCCCCACUAUGAAGUAAAUCAAGGAAGCAAAAAAUCAGCACGGAAUUCUUGCCAUAUAUGAAGCGUAGAUCUCAUUUAGUACCCAGAUUUUUCUUGUGUGACUGGUCACGGGAGACCUGGGUGUAAGACUAGCACUCCGCCUACGGACCAGAGAUUGAGAUUUUAAUGAAUAAAAAAAUGGCUUUUGUGUGGGUGACAUAAACGAAAGAGAUGUAGAGGAAAAAUUCAACCGUUCAUGUUUCACAACGAUACUGUGAGUGUUUAGCGAUGGAAGGAAAGUUAGAAACCCAAGGAGAGAAGAUUUUUAAUGGCGGCUGAAUAUUAUGACUCAGUAUUGCUAAUGUGCUCUUCAAUUCUUGCAGACUAUUGAACGUACAUCUGUAUAUUGCUACUCUGUGGACUGUCCGUAAAUAAAGCAGUUACCUAACAUGUCAA